GCAGCUUUCGCGAACCAGUCUAGCUUCCCACCAUGAGACAAGAGUCACGAUUCCUAGAAAGACCAACUCAACCAAUCUGACGGGGGACUCUAAUCACCGACGGCCACUUCCUCUUCCGUCCUCUGUCCCACCCCACUCCCCACACCUCCCCCUCCCCCACGAGCGAUCCUGCUGCCUCUUCAAUUACCCAGACAAUCUCGAGCUAUUUGGAAAUUUGCAUUGCUGUAGAUCUUCGAAUCAGACGCUUUUGCUGCAGCCUUCAGCUGGGGGCUGUGGGUGGAAAAAUGAGUGAGAAUGAGGAGGUUAUCGAGCUCCAAAGUCCCGACCACAUGGAUCCUUGUGGUCCGUUGCUGGGAACAGCAGAAGAUGCCUCUGGCUUUCAUGAAAUGGAAGGAAUUUAUGAGAUUCAGCCCAGACCAGAGGGUCCACCAAGUAUUAUCCCGGGGUUAGAGGAAGGAGGCUCUGCAGAAGGUACUUCUUAUAUAUGCUCUGACUGCGGCAAAAGCUUUUGCAGCAUAUCUAGCCUCAUUAGCCAUCAAAAAAGGAACCACUCGGGAGAGAAGCCGUACAAAUGUGCUGAUUGUGGGAGGAGCUUCCACCAGAGCUCGGAUCUUGUGAAGCACGAGAGAAUCCACACCGGAGAGAAGCCCUAUAAAUGCUCCGUGUGUGAGAAGAGAUUCAAUCAGCGGUCCUAUCUGAUUGUACAUGAGAGGUUUCACACAGAAGAGAAGCCCUAUAAAUGCUACUUGUGUGGAAAGAGCUUCUGUUCAAAUGCACACCUCAUGACUCACCAAAGAACCCACACUGGCGAGAGACCAUAUCAGUGUCCGGACUGUGGGAAAAGGUUCACAACCAGCUCAAACUUUGUAAAUCAUAAAAAAACUCAUACUGAGGAAAAGCCAUACAAUUGUUCCCUCUGUGAGAAAAGCUUCAAGCGGAGCUCGAACCUGAUUCAGCACGAGAGGACUCACACGGGCGAGAAGCCUUACACGUGCCUCACCUGUGGGGAGAGCUUUGCUUCCAAUUCGGGCCUUGUGAAACACCAGAGGAGCCACACGGGGGAGAGGCCGUACAAAUGCUCCUACUGUGGCAAAAGCUUCAGCCAGAGUAUGAUCCUGACGCAGCACGAGAGAACCCACACGGGAGAGAAGCCCUGUAAAUGCCCAGCGUGUGGGAAAAGCUUCCGCUCCAGCUCGGACCUUGUGAAGCACAAACGGAUCCACACGGGAGAGAAACCGUACAGAUGCUCCCUGUGUGGGAAAAGCUUCACCACUAGUUCGGAUGUGGUGAAGCACGAAAGAACCCACACGGGGGAGAAGCCGUAUAAGUGCGGCACCUGUGGGAAAAGCUUCAGCCAGAGUGCGCACCUUAUGCAGCACCAGAGGAUCCACACAGGAGAGAAGCCGUACACCUGUCUCACCUGUGGGAGAAGCUUCACCUGCAGUGCGCACCUUGUGGUUCAUAAAAGAACCCACAAAGAGGGGGAGGCCUUAAAAGUGUAAAGGGCUCCGAUUGGCCAGCGCUGGGGACCUUUGCCACCAGGUCUCAUGUAGUUAAGUAUCAGGGGCUCACUUACCACACAACAUGCUGCCCUUCAAAGAGGGACGCACAUGCACAGCUUCGGAGGGAGCUGAGAGCCUGUCGCUGCUGCUAGCAGGGCAGAGCUGUCCUUUGAGGGGAAGGUGAGCUGGGCACCCACACUGAGCAGUACAAGGACAGUCCUCUCCCCAUUGCCAGUUCACUAAAUGGAGAACUUGCUUUCUCCCUUUCGUGCAAGAAAGAAGCAAGCCCUGCGUCUAGCGAACCGGCUGCAGCCAGACCAUGGGAGACUGACAGAGGGGCAUGCUAAGGAGAAUGCUGGGGUCUGGGGGAGGGUAUCCCCGAAUGCCAGUGCUCUCCGUCUCAUGCUCUUUUCUCAGCCUCCCCUGGCCUGGCUUGCAGCUGAUUCACUAAAAAGCAGGGCUACUCAACAUCGGCUCUCCUGCAGAUGUUGGCCUACAACUCCCAUAAUCCCUGGCUAUUGGCCACUGUGAUGGGAUUAUGGGAGUUGUAGUCCAAAAACAACAGCGGGACCCAAACUGAGCAGGCCUGACAGGGCUUGCUCUUCUCUUCUGCAACAGAGAGCGGGGAAAGCAAGUCCUCCAUCCAGUGAACUGGCUCCAAGCUGGGUGACGCUGACCAAGGAGGCAGACUGGCCCGGCACCUGAUGUCAUCACGAGGGGGUGUGGCCAGUCUCAUUUGCUGUGGGCCCUGUGUGUGCUAUGGGAUGGAUGGCCCUGCUAGUCGGGGCUGAUGCGUGCAUAUGAAGCUGUGUGCAGCCACUGCUGAGCUGCUCCUGCCAUUAUUCCCAAUAGCAGCAGUGCCGCAGCAGUGACUGCACACAGCUUUGUGAGCACACAAUGCCCCUACUGGCGCUGGUAGUGGGGGCGGGCUCUUGGCUCGUUUGGAAGCCUUGCACGUGUGUCCCUCUUCGAAGGGCGGCACGCUGCGUGGUAUGUGAGCUGACAAUUCCGUGCAAGGAGAAACUGGAGUUGUGCCCUGUGCAGUGGCUUCUAUGCUAAUCCAGGCCUUUUAUAAGAUGUUUUAGAAACCCAUUUUAGAUGGUGGUUUAAAAAACAAGAAAGCCCUUAGUAGCCCAUCUAACCUUCUUAAGCAUGGAAAAGCCCAGCUAGGAAAGAAGCCAUAGAAUUUUCAGACUAUGAGAAAAGGAUGGGCAUGCACCUGUGCCUCAUUGAGGUACUAAACCCAAAUUAUUGCCUGUCCACAUUUAUGAAUUAGUCAGUAGUAGACGGAAGGUGAAAGCUUAAUUUGCGCAAUGGCACCCCAGGCCAUAGUAUUGGGUAGAUGACAGAAGAACUGCAGGAAGCAGACCACUAUCAAAUAAUUGUCAGUGCAACGGUGAAUGGGUUUUUUUCUUCUUGUGCAUUGCUGUAUGUAGAUCCUUUGUAAUAAAUAGAAGGCUGGUUGGUU